AUGCCGAGGGCGACGUCGUCCGGCGAGGUAGCUGGUAGUACUAAGCACGGUUCGAGCGAGAUCAGCCCUGCGGUCGUAGCGAACCGAUCCCAUUUAGGACGGAGGAGGUCCGGGUCGGCCAUUUCUCGUGAGACGCCCUCCAAACGCGUCCGAAGAGCGGACCGUUCGGAGUGGAGUGAAGAGGAGCAAAGGAGAGAGCUCGACGGCGUUAUGCGUGGAUUGGAUAACGAAUUUGCCGAGAAAGAGCAGCUCUCUUAUAACCAGGCGUGGUAUACGCCGAUCCCAACCAGGAGCAAGGUUAAUACCGUCCAGGAGUUCUAUAAAGCGUUCCAUGAUGUGAACACGUUACCGAUACUCACUUACAUGUUUUGUUAUGGCAAUUCCUGUCUAAAGCACUUAGAGAAAGGUAGUCUAUCUCCAGCCGCCCAGUUACACGACCGACUCGGGUGCGAGCAUAUAUUCCCCGGUAAAUUAAAGGAUCUGACGCCGAUCGAGGAGAAGCUUAUCGCGCUGAAUUCGUGCUACGGCUUUAUCGCCCAGUAUAGUAUCCCUAAUGGUCCGAGGCAAGGAGUGAGGUAUAGAAGGCAUGUCAAGGGGCAUAUCACCGUCUUCCCAAAUAACGUGCAGGAGCUGGUGGCCAACGUCCUCCCGCAUCCGCUCCUGAAGGUAGUCGACGAGAUUCAUGUAUCCUGGCACAUCGAGAUCGACGUGGCGGAAUUGGACAGCUGGGAUGCGCCCUUACACGGGGUACCAUCUCGAGUAUAUGAGCGGUUAAGACGGGACGAGCCGUCGGCGCAGGAGAAGGCACGAACCGGGCAGGUAGUCCCGUCUACGGAGCGUGGCCUAGACGAGGGAGAAGCAGUAGAUAUUCGAGAAGAUCCGGGCAAUAAACGACGGGGUGGGACGGCAGAGGUGCGGCGUUGGAACGGUGCCGAGCCGUAUAUCGUGGUAAACCGGGGCGAGGACUUUGCCGAUCCGUUCGAUGCACGGUUUUUCGCAAAGACGUUCCCAACGCUGUUCCCUCUCGGUCGUGGGGGCCCACUUCAGGCGGAUAAGAGCAUCCAGGACGUCGCUGGGGCGAGGGACGUAGGCAUCGAAGCGGCUGAUCGGCUGAGGGGCCUUAUUAUAUCACGGAACAUGAGCCUCGAGACGUAG